AUGUUUUACAACCGUAUUUUGAUUUCAUUAAGCCUCAUCUCCCUCUUUCAACAAACGGUUAUGGGUCAGUGUCUUCCCCUGAGAGGUGCGGCGCCAAUAGACAUAGAGCAAUGUCGCAAAGCAUUGGCCACAUAUAAGUUCGAGGAUAAUUCAGCGCUGGACAGCGACGGGUACAAGAACAAGAAAACAUGCGGGAAUUGCGCGAUAUCCAUGUCUAGAGUCAGCACCGACCCUAAAGUCAAACCUUCCUUGGAUGGAUAUGACAAGAAAUUCUUGGAGGAAACUGUGGCCACUUUAUCACAGAAAUGUACCAUUAAAGGCACGAAAGGCAUGCUACCGAGUAUCUUUGUGGGUACGACAGUUCCGGCAGAUGGUACUUAUUUUGCUAUAGAGAUUGAAGUUGGAGACAUGAAGCGCAAUGAAUGCUCAUCAAAGCCGCAAAAGACAACACCAAAAAAGACUCGAAGAAGCCCAGAUUUAAGAUUGUCCAAUUAA